UUGUAAAAGUAAUGUCAUAACAAUUCUUGCAAUAUUUGCAUUGAAAAGAAUAAAUAUAUAAUAACAUCGCGAACGGUCUGGAAUUAGUCUCAGGAGGAAAUUAUUAUUAUAAGGUGAGUGAGAGUAACAAUGUAAAUUUAUGCGAAAUGAGCGAAAAUUAAAAGUGACCCGCAAAUUAACCGAUGACCCGCAAGUUGAAACACUGUUUACAAAUUUAUAAGCUAUGUAGGUGUGCGCAAAUAAGGUUACAAAUAAGAAGUGUUAUUAUGAUCUUGUGAUCUAUUGGCUCUCGAACUUCGUGCCUGGUCAGUGGCAGUCGUGCUGUGUCUGUGAUUUCGCAUACGUUUAUACGCUUAUCGACGUAAUUCUAGAAGGUAACAACUCAAUGGAUCCGGCUUUCUCGAUACCGUCGUUUUACAAAGGAAGGAGUGUUUUUGUUACUGGUGCCUCGGGAUUCUUGGGGAAAGCGUUAAUAGAAAAACUGCUGCGAUCAUGCCCCGGUAUAAGAGAGAUAUUUCUAUUAAUGCGCCCAAAGAAUCACGCAAGCAUAGACGAGAGACUUCGGCAGCUGCUGACGAACUCGUUGUUUGACACACUGCGGCACAAGCAACCCCGUUGUUUCGACAAAUUGAUUCCCGUGGAAGGUGACAUUGGCAUUGAGGGUUUGGGUUUGUCAGUCGCCGAUAGAGACAUCCUAAUCGAGAAGACAUCUGUAAUAUUUCAUGUAGCGGCGAACGUGAGAUUCGACGAUGCUUUGAGAGACGCUGUGCUCAUAAACGUGAGAUCCACGAGGGAUAUUUGCGUUCUAAGUAGCAUGAUGAAAAAUCUGGUGGUUCUGGUGCAUGUCAGCACGGUUUAUUCCCAAGUCGACAAAUUGGUUAUCGAUGAAACUGUGUAUCCGACGAAAGUCGAUUGGAGAAAAAUGAUUCAGGUCGUCGAGUCUUUGGAUGAAGACAUAUUGAAGGUGUUUCAGUCAAAGUAUACAGGCACACUGCCGAAUACCUACGCUUUUACCAAAAGACUCGCGGAACAGGUGAUAGCCGAUUACUCUGGAUCGUUGCCGUGUAUAAUUUGCAGACCAUCCAUAGUCACAGGAACGCUUAAGGAGCCUGUGAAGGGGUGGCUUGAUAAUUUCAAUGGACCAAUAGCACUAUUCAUCGGACUUGGAAAAGGGGUGACGAGAUUGAUAUAUACGAACUCAAUCGCGCGCGAUAAUUAUGUGCCGACCGAUAUCGUCAUCAAGGCUCUGAUCGUCGCAGCAUGGAAGCAUGGAUCAAGGACUACCGUUAUGCAAAGUAAGUUCCCACUCGUAUAUAACUGCACGGAUUAUCACUCAAAGAGUCCGAGACACAGAAUGAUGACGAAGAUUGGUGAAGUUGCUUUGGAGAAGUAUUCCUACGAAGGAAUGAUCUGGGCCCCCUACAUGAUUAUAAUAAAUAGUCCGUUCUUUUAUAAACUGCUGCUAAUACUGCUGCACGUAAUGCCAGCUUUGUUUAUCGAUGGAUUGCUACUUCUAGCGGGUAAACGACCAAGGUAA